GCUCUGGGAUUGUACACAGUAAAUGCAAUAUAUGGAGACACUAUUACUAUGCCUUGUCCUCUAGAAGUACCAGAUGGUCUUAUGUUUGGAAAAUGGAAAUAUGAAAUGCCAAAUGGAUCUCCAGUAUUUAUUGCCUUCAGAUCAUCAACAAAAAAAAAUGUACAGUAUGAUGAUGUACCAGACUACAAAGACAGGUUGAGUCUCUCAGAAAACUAUACAUUAUCCAUCAGGAAUGCAAGAAUCAGUGAUGAAAAGAGAUUUGUAUGUAUGCUAGUUACAGAAGAUGAUGUUUCCGAAGAGCCGACGAUAGUCAAAGUUUUCAAACAACCCUCUCAACCAGAAAUCUUACGUCAAGCAAACCUCUUAGAAACAGAGAAGCUACAAAUGCUCGGGGAGUGCGUGUCAAGGGACAGCUAUCCUGAGGGCAAUGUCACGUGGUACAAAAAUGGGAGAGUUCUGCAUCCCGUGGAUGAUGUUGUGGUCAUAAAUUUGCAGAAGAUUGUGGACAGAACAACCGGACUCUUCACCAUGACAUCGUCUCUGCAGUACAUGCCAACAAAGGAAGAUGUAAAUGCCAAGUUUUCUUGCAUUGUGACUUAUUAUGGACCAUCUGGCCAGAAAACAAUGCAGUCUGAACCAGUUGUCUUCGAUGUUCACUACCCAACAGAGAAGGUGACUAUUCAAGUGCUGCCACAAAGUAGUACCAUUAAAGAGGGCGAUAACAUCACUCUGAAGUGCUCAGGAAAUGGCAACCCUCCUCCACAGGAGUUCCUGUUUUACAUUCCAGGAGAAACAGAAGGUAUAAGAAGCUCAGAUACUUACCUAAUGACAGAUGUGAGACGAAAUGCAACAGGAGAAUACAAGUGCUCUCUGACUGACAAAAGCAUGAUGGACUCGACCACCAUCACUGUGCACUAUUUGGAUUUGCAGCUUACUCCUAGCGGAGAAGUCACAAAACAGAUUGGAGAGAACUUGCCUGUGUCAUGCACGAUUUCUUCUAGUAGAAAUGCAACUGUGUUUUGGAUAAAGGACAAUACCAGAAUGCAAACAAGUCCAUCAUUUUCAAGUCUUCAGUAUCAAGAUGCUGGAAACUAUGUCUGUGAAACCACUCUACAGGAGGUCGAAGGAUUGAGGAAAAGACAGACACUUAAACUUAUUGUGGAAGGAAAACCUCAAAUCAAAAUGACCAAGAAAACCAACACAAAUAAAAUGUCUAAAACAAUUAUCUGCCAUGUGGAAGGUUUCCCCAAACCAGCAGUGCAGUGGACAGUUACGGGCAGCGGAAGCAUCGUAAAUAAAACAGAGGAGACAAAAUAUGUUAAUGGGAAAUUUUCCAGUAAAAUUGUAAUUGCUCCUGAGGAAAAUGUAACUUUAACUUGCAUUGCAGAAAAUGAGCUAGAAAGGACUGUGACCUCCAUGAACGUCUCUGCUAUAAGUAUUCCAGAAUAUGAUGAGCCAGAGGACAGAAGUGAUGACAAUAAUGAAAAGGUUAAUGACCAGGCAAAGCUCAUAGUGGGAAUUGUGGUCGGUCUUCUGCUGGUUGCUCUGAUUGCAGGUGUUGUCUACUGGCUCUACAUGAAGAAAUCAAAGACAGCAUCAAAACAUGUAGACAAAGAUCUUGGAAAUAUAGAAGAAAACAAAAAACUAGAGGAAAACAAUCAUAAAUCUGAAACUUAAGAGAAAAUGUGUCAGUCAUCAUUCCAGAGAAUACAUAUAGACCAAUUGAAGCAUGAACGUGGAUUGUAUUUAAACAUAUACAAAGAAGUGACAGCUAUUCAUGGUUCAAGUAUUAAGCAGAUCAUACUACCAGGUUUUCAAAGGAUUUUAGACACAAUUAUCUCAAGCUAAAAAAACCCACAAACUAAUUUUGGCAACAGCCAUGGUAAUAGGUCACCAUGUUGUGUUCUGUUUGAAAUAUUUUUUUGUAAAUGUCUGCACUGAAGAUUUCUUUUUGUUUGCCUUUAUGUAAAUUUUUUACGUAGCUAUUUUUAUACACUGUAAGGCUUUGUUCUGGGAGUUGCUGUUAAUCUGAUGUAUAGUGUAAUGGUUUUAUUUCAAUUGUUUUUAUGACACCCUUUGAGCAGGUACAUGUCUGAUUCUGGUUGUUAUCAGUGAAGCCUCUGCUUUGUAGCAAGUACCUAGAGUGUAAGAUUGUCUUAAAGGAAAAUGUCAAACUUCUUUUUUAUUCUUUGAAAUCAUGGUAAAGCAGAAGGGUGACAGCUGUGACAAGAAUGAACUAAGUUGUUAAUGAAUGUGAACAUUUUAAAAAAACAUGCAAAGCUAAACAAGCUGGAAAGGGAAUAAAGAGUUUCCCUGAAGAAGUCUGGGUAUUGAAUAAGGAACACUAUGAAAAAUUCCUAGCCUACAUACAGAUGGUGGCUAAAAAAUCCUUUACUUCUAGAGCAAGACACGCAUUUUAUUGAUGGUUAUCAGUCGUCUUUCAUGUUAGCAUUAGGAUAAGGAACUGGAAUUCUGGAUUAAUUUUGAUUCCUUUAUGUUAUUCGCUGCCUUAAAGUACUGUACCUUUUCUUCUUUUCAGAGAGAUACCAGUCAGAAUUGGAAACUUUUUUAAAAAGUGGUCAUAUCAAAGCUGCA